AAUGUUUAUAGCCCUGAUGGCAGAAUGCUGUGUGCCCAGGGUGGCUGUCCAGACUACUCCAUGACUUUAUGGGAUUGGUGUAAAGGCACCAUUAUCGCUCGCACAUCUUCUCCUUUCACCCAUCGAAUCCACUUCUCAAACUAUAAUGAUAACUACAUGGUGUCUUGUGGUGAGGCCGGCCUGUCGUUCUGGCAGUUGACUAAAACAUAUACAGGAACAAAGCUGUUACAGAACAGAGGACACUUUAAUAUUUUGGAUGAGUGUCAGGUGUUGGCAGCCUACAUCAUGCCUGACGGAAAGGUAGCAACAACAAUCAAGAUAUUUUUAUUGUCUUUAAAUACAAAAUAUGCAAUGGACAAGUCAAAUUAUGGUUCAAUAAAUUAACAAUAUGCAUAAAUCUUUUAUCAGUCUUUGUAG